GUAAUUUUUUGUCAAGUGUCAACCUUGACCUCGUAAAUAUCAUGGAAAAUCGUUCAAUAUAUUUUCACACGUAUACUCAGAAAUACUUUACUAGUUUUGACUUUUAUACAACACAAGAAAUCGUGUUUCUGACUUCCAAGAACAUAAACAUGAAAUAAUAAUCAUCUCUUUCUCCCUUAGACAUAUUCAAAGCAUUGACAAAAUACAAACUUUUCAUGGAGUAUAUAAGACUCCACCCUUUCUUCAAUGCAUUAAAUGCAUCAUCAAAAUCCCACUAACCAUUUGUACGUAACGUCAUUCUUUUUUUUUUUUCUCUGUAUUGAAAUGAAAAAUGCCUUCUAUAUGGAAAGCAUUUUCACUGUCUUCAAAUUCCCAUCACUCUUCUUCUUCUUCUUCUUCUUCUUCUAGUAGUAAUAUUAUUUCUUCACCGAAUACACGUAGGAUUUACGGUGGUGGAAGGAGGCUCACUAGGCAGCGUAAACUGAGGCAUGUUAGUGAUGAUGAUCUUGGUUUACGGAGUCCUAAUAUUCAGGCUUUAAUUAUUGAUGAACGUUCAAAGUCCUUACCGGUUUCUACUGAUUGUUAUGUGGAUUUGGGGUCGAGUUCUCGGUCGCCUCACCACCACCUACGUCACUGCUCUGCCGUGCCACUGCCGUUGCCACUCCCGGAGUUUAAUUCUGUGCCUAAACAAAAUCCGGUUGACUCUGAUUUGCCAGUUAGAGUUGACCGGGAUACUUUAAGUCCUCCUCUUGCCAGGGAUACUUCUGAUCGAACUCCAGCUGAGGUGACACGUUCUCAACAUCCAAGAUCAUCUACUCCAACUUAUCGGCGUAGGGGGUUCCAUCAGGAUCUGAAUGACGAGGGUGUUGAAUUCAGGUUGAACGUUCCUGCUAGAAGUGCUCCAAGUAGUGGUUUUACAAGCCCCAUCCCGAGCCCAGAAAGAUUUAGUACACAGGACCUUUUUCAUCCUCCCUUUCAUCAAGCGUCAUCAUCACCUUCAGAGGCUUACUCUUUCCAACUUUCACCCACAAGGGUUAUAAAUAGAGCUGAUCAUUCUCCACUGAGUAGCCUCAGGAAUAACAGAAGUGGUGCUGUGCAUUCUCAUCAUAAAUCUCUUCCGGAAAGUUCUCUAGCUUGGAAUGAAGCUAACAACAUCAAUGUGCACCCGCUACCCCUUCCACCAGGAGUUUCAAGACAACCAGAAUUAGGUCCCAUCCACAGCAAUAUGGAUAAACCUUGUGUAUCACCAACAAAGGGUCAAUGGCUAAAGGGAAAGCUUUUAGGUCGUGGUACAUAUGGAAGUGUAUACGAAGCUACCCAUCGUGAAACCGGUGCUUUACGUGCACUGAAAGAAGUUGAUCUCACUCCGGAUGAUCCUAAAUCUGCUGAAUGUAUAAAGCAGUUAGAACAGGAAAUAAGAGUUCUCCGGCAGUUAAAGCAUCGAAAUAUCGUUCAAUAUUAUGGCAGUGAAAUAAUGGAAGACCGCUUUUGCAUAUAUUUGGAAUAUGUGCACCCCGGAUCAAUUAAUAAGUAUGUUCGGGAACAUUGCGGAGCUAUGACAGAGUCAAUAGUUCGAAACUUUACUAGGCAUAUUGUAUCAGGGUUGGCUUACUUGCAUAGCACUAUGACAAUACACAGGGACAUUAAGGGAGCAAAUUUGCUUGUAGAUGCAUCUGGAGUUGUUAAGCUUGCAGACUUUGGAUUAGCAAAACAUCUUUCCAGCUGUGCAACUGAUCUUUCUCUGAAAGGGAGCCCUCAUUGGAUGGCUCCAGAGGUAAUGCAGGCUGUGUUGCGCAGAGAUGCCAAUCCAGAGCUUGCCUUAGCUGUCGAUAUAUGGAGCCUGGGUUGUACUGUUAUUGAAAUGUUUACUGGACAGCCCCCUUGGGGUGAACUUACUGGGGUGCAAGCUAUGUUUGGUGUCUUGAACAAAUCACCACCUAUACCCGAAAAAUUAUCGUCAGAGGGGAAGGAUUUCCUUCAGUGCUGCUUUCAGAGGAAACCUGAAGAUAGGCCAUCAGCUAUGAUGCUACUUGAACAUGCUUUUUUAUGUAAUACUAGUUCGCAUGAGCAUAGUAUUACUGUUACUGGUUGCUCAGAGGAUUCUUCAGGGACGAAAUUACAUGAUACCCUGCAGAGUCCUAAGAACCCAACUAACCAUAAGAAGGAACCAAAGCCACCGUCACCAGGAACAUCUGCCAGGCAUGGAACGUGGCAGUUAAACUGUGUCUCUUUCAGUGAAACUUCUCAGCAAACUCAUCCUGAAACCUGUGAGUAUGGAGCAGCUUCUCACCACUCUCCGCAUUCUACACUUGAAGUUCUUCCCUGUAUUUCUUCAAUGGAGCUGAACUCGGGUUCACGUGCAGCCAGCCCCUCAAGCGUUCCUAGUAGCUUUCGCCUGGGACCUGAAAACAGAAGUCCUUAUAGGAUCACAGGAAAGGAAAUUUCAAACCUCUGUAUAAGAUCAUAAAUGAGUAAAAGUUGAAAAAGAUCGUGUACAGAUCAGGAGAAUUAGAUAGACAACUUUAGUUGGAUGAUUAGUCACAAUGUUUCCGGGAGAGAUAUGCAAUUCUAUUCCCGUAUGCAUCCACGUCUUUUGUGUACUAGUGAUGUUGUUUUUGAAGCUAUCAAAGACUUACAUAGUUUUGGAACAGAUUCAUGAAGACUUGAAAGAUGAUUCUGAA